ACGAGCGAUCAUUAUCCGUGGGAAGCAACGACCGUCGACAAGCAAGAGGUGAAAGCGGCGUUCGAGAAUGCCAUCAUCAUCACGGCUCAUGGUUAUGACAGAAAGUUCUACGAAGAAUUUCAAGAUAAAUUCAGUCGCGUCACUGGAAUUGUUGGCAGUCACUUUGCUACGCUGACUUACAUGUCUCUGUACGAUGCGCUGUUCCUCUAUGGUCUGGCACUCCGUGAUGCAUUUGAGGAAGUUGGAGGAUAUGAUGUGCAUCAAAACGGGUCACUCAUCUGUGCAAAAAUGACUAAUCGACAGUUUAUGGGUCAGUUAGCAAAGCUACAGGGUUGCAAUCAUGACGAGCUCUAA